UGCCCCGCCCUUGCCUGGACUGGGACUGGGACCAGUAGGGAGCGACCUCAGCCUUCCUUCCCCGGUUGUUGUUAGAGGACAUUUCCUUCGGCUUCCCCAGGACCACCACGAAACUCCGAUUCUAGCUUUAUCCGCUUUCCAUACCUAUCUAUAUGCGGCGGGCUAAUGGCUUCACCGCCCAUCACAAUGGGGACGAUAACUCUUUGGACAAAGAAGUUGAAUCUUUUCUGAGUGACCAACAACAAUUCUCUUGCAUCAGUGACCUUACCAAAGUGAAUCCUGUAACCACCACAACUGUUCUGAAGUGUCUGCAAGCAAGAUAUGCUAUCGAUGUCUUUUAUACCAAAGCGGGGUGCAGCCUUGUGGCCAUCAACCCCUUCCGUCCAGUUCAGUCUCUCUACUCACAAGAGCUCAUGAAAGAAUACCACGCUGUUGCUCGUCUUCAGGAAUUAAAACCUCACAUUUUCACGGUGGCAGAAGAAAGCUACCGAAAUGUCCAGAGCCAGAUUCCAUUAGUCAAUCAGUCCAUAAUUGUUAGCGGGGAAAGUGGUGCUGGUAAGACAUGGACCUCCCGCUGCCUGAUGAAGUUUUAUGCCACUGUUGCAGCUUCAUCUGACAUCCCGGAAGGCAGUAUAACAGUGGAGAGAAUAGAGCAACGAGUGUUGGAUUCCAAUCCUGUCAUGGAAGCUUUUGGAAACGCAUGCACCCUUCGGAAUAACAACAGCAGCCGCUUUGGGAAAUACAUCCAACUUCACUUAAACAGAUCUCAGCUUUUAACAAGUGCUUCCGUUCAGACUUUUCUUCUGGAAAAAACAAGAGUUGCUUAUCAAGCCCCUCAGGAAAGGAAUUUCCAUAUUUUUUACCAGAUUGCAAAGGGAGCCACGCAGGAUGAGCGCCGAGAAUGGGAUCUUCUGGAGACUGCGCGUUUCUGUUGGCUUCCAAAUUCUGAAGAGACUCUAGAAGAAGACUGCUUUGAUGUCACUCGGGAGGCCAUGACCCACCUGGGUAUUGACAGUUUCACUCAGAAUAAUAUUUUUAAGAUACUAGCUGGUCUUCUCCAUUUGGGCAAUAUUCAGUUCUGCGAGUCAGAAGAUGAGGCACAACUCUGUGAGUUAGAAGACCUGGCCAAAGGCUUUGCAGAGACUGCUUCCCGGCUUUUAAGAGUGCCUGGGGAGCAGUUGUUGGACACACUCAGGAUCCGGACGAUAACCGCUGGGAGACAACGGCAGGUGUUCAGGAAGCCUUGCCUCAAGGCAGAGUGUGAAACAAGGAGGGACUGCCUGGCCAAGGUGAUUUAUGCCAGGAUCUUUGACUGGCUGGUGUCUGUGAUCAACGAAAGCAUCUGUGCCUCAAAUUCCAUGUGGAACAACUUCAUAGGUCUACUAGAUGUUUACGGUUUUGAAUCUUUUGUGGAAAACCACUUGGAACAGCUCUGCAUCAACUAUGCCAAUGAGAAACUGCAGCAGCAUUUUGUCGGCCAUUUUCUAAAGGCUCAACAGGAAGAAUAUGCCGAGGAAGGUCUUGAAUGGUCCUUUGUAAACUACCAAGAUAAUCAAACCUGUCUGGACGCCAUUGAGGGGAAUCCUGUUAGCAUCUUCUCCUUGCUUAAUGAGGCCUGUCGCCUUAACUGGACCUCCAAUGCUGCACAGUUUCAAAGUCGGAUUGAGAUUGCUCUGUCCAAGAACACCUGCGUAAGCCGAGACAAAUUUAGGAAGGAGCCAAACUUCAUCGUAUCCCAUUACGCUGGUAGUGUCUGCUAUCGAAUUGAGAGUAUGGUGGAAAAAAAUAAGGAUCCCGUUCCCCCAGAGUUGGUCCUAUUGCUGCAACAAUCCCAGGACGCCUUGCUUCAGAAAUUAUUUCCCGUAGAAGAGACAAACACCAAACCUGACGAAAAUGAUACAAAGACUCAAGCAAAACCUGCACUUGUCACAGUCGUCUCAAAAUUUAAGGGUUCCCUCGAGCAGCUGAUGGAGAUCCUGCACAGCACCACCCCGCAAUACAUCCGGUGCAUUAAGCCCAACGCAGACUGCAAGGCGGCCCUUUUCAGAAAAGAGGAGGUUCUGCAUCAGUUGGAGGCGUGCGGCAUUGUAGAAACCGUCAACAUCAGUGCAGCUGGCUUUCCGAUUAGGAUUUCCUUCGGAAGCUUUUUAGAACGUUAUGGGCUGCUGAAGAAAUUAAAGAAACGGAAUCUGAGAGCAACGUCCAGUCAAGGAAAUAACUUUUCCCCUGAUGCAGAGAAUGGCAAAUCAGUAACUCCUCCUAUAGAAGAAGAAUGUGACACUUUGCAGUCUAAGGUCCAAGAUAUCCUUCGGGAAGUGAAACCUAUUAAUUCUUCCGUCACACCUGGAGAAACAAAAUCACCCAACCUACCCAUGUUUUGUGGCAUGACCAAAGUAUUUUUGACCAACUCCACGUUGGAGCUUCUCGAAUUCCAAAGAGCUUCUAUCUUAUCAGAGAAAGCAUUCUGCAUCCAAUGCUGUUGGAGAAGGUUUCGGAGGAAGAAAAUUGCCAGGCAGAGGUGGUCUGCAACCAUCAUCCAGUCAGCUGUUCGCCAGUGGCUAGCUAGGAAACAUUUCCAGAGGUUACGUAAAGCGGUUAGGAUUAUAAAACAGACCUGGAAGAAAUGGAAGACCAAGAUGGCAGUGAUAGCUGCAGAAGAACUGGAUGGUUUGGAAGAACUUCCCUCUGUCCUUGGGACAGCUGCUCCCUCAGGCCAGGCUGCUAGAAAACUGGAAGUGGACAGAUCCUGGCCUCUGAAUCCCAUCCUCCACGUCUGGCCUCUCAGUCUUGUUCUGUCAAACACCCCAACAACACUGGAGGGACUCCAGAGAGACCUUGCUCUCCUCACUUGCCUCCAAGUCUUACAGAAGAUGAACGGGACCAAGGCGGAAACCAGGUUCCCUGUACAAGGUGUCAACUCCAUCCGAGCUCCCCCACAGGGCUCCAUCAAGUUCCACUGCAGGAGGUCUCCGCUGCUUUAUGCCAACACCAGGCCAUACAGCCACAGCUGCAGAGUGACCGGGUUCAACCAGAUUCUCCUUGAUAAAUGUGCAAUACCUUGACUCUGAAAGGGUCCUCCUGGGCCAUUGAUCUGUCCUGUAUUUAUUGCUGCUCUUCUUAGGAUGCUUCCUGGAGGACCAGAGAACUUAAGCGCUUCUUCCACAUACAGAGAUUGUCUAAAACGGUGUUUCUCAACCUUCGCCCCUUUUAAGAUGGGUGGACUUCAAUUGGCUGGCUGGGGAAUUCUGGGAGUUGAAGUCCACCCAUCUUAAAGCAGCCCCAUUUGGGAUGGUUGUAUGCAUAUAGCAGAAACAGAGCUACUUCCAAUGCCUUAUUUGGCCUGAUAGCAUCUGGUAACCUCGUUCUGUGAAAGGAUCCCAUCUCCUUCGUCAUCUGAUCCUUUAUUUUCAGAAUCAGGAAGCAAAUCUUAACAACUCUUGUGCAUGCCUUGAAAAUGAUUGGGAAGUGCUCAAAGCACUUUGCUGCUAUUUAAUAAAACAGCCGAGCUUUUUCCAGGUUUCCACCCAAGACUUUAAAUGAUGUUACUUUAAGGUAUCCAGUGGCUUUAAGUAGAACCUUAAAGCAACAGCAGUUUUAUUUUACGUUUCUGCAGAAGCCUCGGUCAAAGCGGACUUUUUAACAAAUUGCAAAGAGGUGCCGUUUUUGGAUCAGUAUGGGCACAAAAUUGCCCUUCCAAAUCAUUUUUGAAGCACGUAACAGCUCUACAUUUUAUUAAAGCCAGGAGUCAGUAGAAUUUUAAUCCUGCUAGUUUUGAGGGUGCUAUUUUUUUUUUUAAAGUAUCUGUAUGCAAGUCUAUUCCCUUUGGAUAGAAAUCUUCAGGUUUUUUUUUAAAUGGCCACAUUUGAAAUACUCAUUUAUCACCAAAGACACCAUUUUAAUGUAGUGAGAACUUUAUAUUUUUUUAAAAAAUUCUACUGUACUUGUCAGUGUCCCCAAUGUAAUAAGGAAAAAGCCUGAUGUUUGGGCGUUUUUAAAAAAAAAAAAAUCUAAAGGGUUAUUUUAAAAAUUCUUCUGAGAUGCAGCUGUUUUGUUCAAAAUAUGUCUUAAAUAUGUAUGACAUAUUCAGUUAAAUAUGUCGGGAAAAAAGAAUAAAUUAUUAAAAGGCAGAUGUCAAAGUAAUAGUGUCUGAUCACUCUUCCUAGCUUCUGGGGUGCAUUAUAUUCUGUAUAAAUUAAGAUGUAAUAAACUUGAGAUGGUUAUAAA